AUGUUGGAGGUGUGUUGGAUGAUGGACGGGGGCAGGGCUGCUGCUGCUGCUGCUGCUUCUUCUGCUGCUGCUGCUGCUUCUUCUGCUGCUGCUGGCGAUUUGCUGCUUGCCGCUGCCCGGGAGGAAGAGCCAGCUAAACGACACUUGCCUUUGCUAGCGCGUCAAUUGGCUGCCAUUGCAAUCCCGGCUUACCCCCUGAAGCGCCAUACCAGGGUCCUGAUGAAGCCUGUUUUAGUGUAUCCCUCUCAACGUGGGUGGGAACAACUAGUUCCUAGCUCCGCUGCGGGUUUGGAUGCUCAAGGUUGGCCAAAUGUCUCCAACAAAGAAACUGUAUCAGAAGAGGCAAGUGGAUGGGGGACAUCUACUACGCAGCUAGUCGCAGCCGAUGUCGUAUCCUGGCCGACAUUUUUGUGCAUUGAUGGGAAAGGAUCGAAUGCCAACCGCGGAAAACCCUACGUAACGGAACGAGCUGGAACCCGUCAGCCUGACUAUCCUCUUCAAGAAGUCCUCUUCACGUUGAUCAAUGGAAGACACCAACGGACAGAUAAUUCCCAUUGGCAUGAUAUUCCCCUCAAAACAAGUAUUCUCAGAAUGCUGGCCCAGCUGUCAUCCAGGGUCUUCCUAGGUGAGAAAAUACGUCGCAACCCAUUUCCUACACUGUCGAUUCGUUUAUCGCUGCUAGGCCCUUCCGUCCAGUGGCUCGCGCUGAAGCGCCGGCUGGUAGCCAACUCCCUGCCAUCGUGCUGUAAACUCCGACUGGAGAUUGAGCAAGCAAGAGCUAUCAUAAACCCAGUCCUUGAAGAAAGACGCAUGGCAAAAUUAGCCGCAGUUCGUGCUGGGCUCGGAAACAGCCAGAACGAUAUAUGGAUGCGAUGCAGUGGCUGGAGCAAUCUUGCAGAGGCCGCGACUAUGAUCCUGUUUGAACGUGAGGAGAUUGUUCAGGAGCCUCGCAAUGAGAUUGUAACGGUUAUUCAGUCACAGGGCUUAAUGGGACGACUUGCAGAAGAAGACAUCGAACUACCCGAUAAAACAAUCGUGCCUAAAGGGCUCGAUGGUGAUUUGUCGCCUGUAACAAAUAUGUGGGAUUCAAACAUCUAUCCGAAAAGAACCCGAUCACUUUUGACUGGUACCGGUUCUUGA